UUUGCUGGUGAAUUGAGAAAUUCAAAUAUUUCGACCCAUGCGAAGAAUCAAAGUGGGUCUACGACUGAAACCGAUAAAAGCGAUAUUUUGUAAAUUUAAAAAUUACAUUCUUCAACCAGUUGACUCUAGCAACAGAGAGUCGUCAGAAUGUUAUCUCGAUACAUAAAAUCAAGAAUUGCGAUCACGUGUUUAUUCGGUUUUACAUGGUUUUACAACUGUGACUGAAUUCGCUCUUGUCUGCAGCUGAGCAGCAAUGGCGGUGACUUUUAUUUUAUAGCAGCUAUAUUGUAUGAACUUAUUUGAAAUCCAGUUUCAUCACAGGCGAGUAUUGCACCCGAAGACAUACUUCCUUGUUUGCGAAAUGCUGACGACAGUGAAAAUAUCGACGCUGUUAAAUUACAACCAAAGCUGUUAGUUUUCCCGCUAUAGCCGCGCAACGAUGAAGACGAAAUGUAAGUAAAUUCAAUAAAUUUUAUUAAUAUAACUUCGAAAUUACUAUAUGACUACCUUGUAGUAAACCUACGUCCUCGUCGAAUAAAAUUUUAUACGAGUCUUAAUUUCUGAAUUACUGGGAUCUGCUGAAAUUAUCAAUCAAGCCAUUCUUAAUUAGUUGAGGAAAUCGUUAAAUCGUUUGAAAUGAUAGUUUGUCAUUAGUUUAUAUUGACACCUUUUUAUUUCAUCCAAUUUCUAGGUAAAUAAGGUAAUAAUCAUAACCGAUUAAUUGCGGCACUGCAAUGUGCGUCAUUUCGGACGCACGUAGUGUCUUUAAAAAAAAAAGAACAAAAUUUCAUUUUCCCGCAAGCUGGCUCGUGGUAUAUAAUAAAGAUAUUCGAUAUCACGCAGGUGAUAUAAAAAAUAAAAUCCCGAAUUCAUUCGUUUAAUGAAUUUUGAACCCUGUCUCGCAGGCUCCGAUUACGACGAGGACAAACCGCUGCUAGUUUUGGCUCUGGAUUCCGAAAGAUUGCGAUUCACUUCUGAGCCGAUAUGUAAAACUGCGGUUCCACGGGGUGCCGUAAGACACAUCGGCAGAUGGCCUGCUCACGUUUUCACAGCUUUUAUUGUCGGCUGUUUGACAUUAGCUGGUGUAAUUUUUUUCACCCUCAUCACGACCAUCCUCAUGAUCCCAUCCGGGGAAAGGUGUCGGGUGUCGCGGAAUCUACACGUAAACGAUCUUCCCAACAUCUACUUUAUAAAACACGAGAAUCACAAAUGGAAGCCUCAUGAAUUAUGCUACAUCGAAACCACCGCGAGGACUCACAAAAAUCUUACCGUUUACUUGAUCAAUUUAUUGGCUGAAAAUCAAACCGAUUCCGGCAAGUUUCGUCCGAAGCUUCUCUCGGAAGGAAAAAAUGAGGCGAGUAAUUCUUACGCAGGCAAUAUAAUGUCGCUAGAUAUUUCGGACGAUCGUCGUCAAUUGAUUGGAAAUGAAAGCGAGAUGGCCGAAAGCGCAUUGACGUCCGACGACAGAGAAAGCAGGAAAAAGCUGGAAGAAUUUAACUCGAAUAUAAAAACCAUCGACGUUCCGAUUCAACGCUUUUUCAACGGAUCGAGACUAGCUGGGAUUUCUGAUCAGCUUAAUGAAAAAAUUCUGGAAAUGGCGGCCAGGGCUUACGUCCUGUGGAAUUAUCCUGGAGUAGCUUUGGACCCCGCGUUAUAUCACAGUCUGAAAUACCUCAAAGGGUAUCUCUGCGAGAAUGACGAGGAAAACGGAUGUGUAAAGGAUACAACAGCGGCCGUAGAAUUCAACGGGGAUAUUCAGGCGUCCGCUGUACCGUGUCAAGCUUUCAUGGAUUACCUGAUUCGACAAAUAGCGAUGGAAAAGUUUCCAGAUCAAGAAGCGAUUCUGAACAAAGCGAUCGCUCAUUUCUGCCCAAGAUCGAUGACGAGGUGUCUAGGGGUUCGAAUACUUGAGCACGAUUCCCGAGCGAUUACUGAAAAAGAAAAUCUUGACUGUCCAACGAUAUCGGGUACUCCGGAUUUUGCGUCCCAAAAAAUAGAGGACAAACCGAAGACGGAGGAGGAGAAGAUCGUUUGAUAUAGUUCAUUGAUCCAUCGGUACAGCGAUUGGUGCUAAAAUAAAUUAAAAAACCAAAAUAUGAUAAAAAUAAAAUACUCUAUUCAAAACGUGUAAAAAGAAGCGUGUCACAAAGUACGAGUAAUAUUAUAUACGUAUACAUAUAUAUAGUAAAAUAUUAUGAUAAUAUAAAAGUUUUAUGAAUGUAAAAACGUAUGGCGAGGAAAAGGUUUGCUUUCGGUCGAACGAAAUCGAUUUUUGCGUGGUUCGGAAAUGAGCGGAUGUGUAAUUAUCGGAAUUUCCUGUCUUCGUAGAGCUCCAGAACUCCCAACCACAUCCAAAACUCUCCGACUUGAAGAAUAAUUUUUAAUCAUUACUUUUAAAAAUUAUAUUUACCGCUGUAAAAUUUAUCAAUCGACGUACGAAUUAUAACGACUGUUCCAACGGUGUAAAUUAUAGCUGUCGUGAUUUUCAGAUUUCCAAAAAACAACCAGAUAGCCACCGCUGCGUCACCUACGUCACAGACGAUGUCGGCCAUGCAUAAAACCAUCGAGGGAAAACUCCAUUGCGCGUCCCUCUAUUAUUCGUUAAAGGGUAAUUAAUCAAUCGAAGAAAUCAUUAAAUUCUUGACAUAAAUUUAUUUUUUAAUAUUAUCAAAUUUCCUCACCGUUACAAGGGAGUAAACCAACAUGCUGGCGGCAAUCGAAGAGACGAGGGCGUAAGGCGCCGAAUAUCCGAGAUUUAAGGUAACGACGGUGCGACUUGGCGACACGAAAUCGCUAACGAUCGGUCCAUUCUCGAGUAAUCUGUACUCUGAUUUUCCAUAAAGAACGCCGCUGUAACUCAACACCAGAACUGAACUGGCAAGCAAAACUGCUUGAAGAGUACAGUAAAGCUCGCGGUUUUUCGUGAGUCGGAGGGAUUGGGUUUUGAUUGAACUCGACGACUCAAAGAUUCUGCUUUUAUCGUCGUCUCUUGAUUCAGAGUCGCCCGAUUUAUCCUGAACAUAUUUUUGAAUUCAGAAGAAUUUUGCGCGAGCAAAGGGAGCGUGAAAUUUUUAACUUUUACCGGUACCGGGCGAACGCGCCCUUCCCGCCUCUUCUUAAUUUUUUUAUAAUUUUCUUCAUUCUUGCAGAUUUCGGUAAAAGUGUUUCUCAUUUCAGGGCCGAAUUAUGCCUCGAAACGAUUUUUGAAUUCCUCAGUCGCCAUGAAACAUUCGCAGCUGAUUCGCACCGACAUCGACUGAGCUUUUGAAGGAAGCAACGAUAAAAAGGAUUUGCCGGUCUGCUUUUUUUUUCAUGUAUAUUUUUUUUCUUUUCUUUCUACCCUAUGUCAACCAAUUUCAAAAAGGUAUAUGGGUUCAAAAUUUCCAAGUGUAUGCGGCACAGGCAAAUAUCGUAAAUUUCUAGUCUGGAAAUGCAUUGAGGGAUUAAGAAGAUAUCCUUUUUCAAAAAGAUAAUGGGCCGAUUUUCGAGGAAGUGCAACCUUUGCGGUGUCGGUUCUAUCUUGGAAAAAAAUAAAAGAUCGGUAAGUUCGCAAAGACGCAAUUCAUAGCUGUCGGUAAAUUCUGUCAAAAGACGCGAGAACGAGAAGGAAGUCGCGAAAAAUGUCAUCAAUUAAUCCAGAUAUGUUAAAGUCGUAACCGCAAUCGGGGGGAGACGAGAAAGGAGUAUGGGAUUCCGUAGUCGACGAAAAUCCGCCGCUUCCUCAGGAUUUGUAUAGAUAUAAUAUUACAAAGAUUUUGUCUCAUUAAUUUUUUAUUCCGUUCUCCUUCUAUCGCAUCGAGUUUCGAAACGUUAUACAUAAGUAUAGACGAAGAAGGUUAAUCAGAGUCCCUGCCUGUUAAAAUAAACCAGUUGUCUCUGUUAUUCCAGCGUUUGGGAAAAAUCGCCUGUAAUAUUUGCGACCAAUAUUUCUUCGGGACCUCGGCA